AGGGAUUGAAUUAUAUAUCAUGUUUUCAAAAGAUAGAUUGUUUCUCAACCUCACCAGAACAAAUUAUGCUUUCUGUUGGUUUUUUGUUAUUUUUUGGUAUACGAUUGCUUGCUUCUUGGUUUUUGGACCUUGUAUUUUGCAUCUUUAUCCCAGAGAGAGUGUGUAAAAGGACCAUUUCUUAGUGCGACAUGGCUGGGACAAUAGCGAUAGCCAUCAACAACUUAAAUAUGGGAAAUUGCCUUUUAGACAAGAUUUUGUACUGUCUGAAAAUCAGCUUACACUACACUAAAAGUCAGGGACUGUAGAAGCGUGGGCUGAGGAUUUUGAGCUGCUUUUAAACUGGAUUUAAAACAAUUUGCCUUUUGGCAUUUGCGAGCUUAGCCAUUCUUCAUAGACCCAUUUAUUUUUGACAAUUUCUUGAGAAAUGUUGGACGAAAAGUAAAAAAAUAUUUCUUAGCUUUAUCGUGCCAUCAUAGAUGUUGGUUGAGAGCAAAUGGAUAGUAGAACUUCUAGGUUUGAAAACGCGCGGGAAACAAACUUGGCGGGUAAAUUGUUGCGUCAUUGCCUCGUUUGGUAACGCGUCCUUUCGAGGUGUUCGGUUUGUUUUCGUCGCUUCGAGCCAAACAUCAGCGAGCCUUUGUCGUAAACGAAAGAUGCUGUUCAGAUUGACGCUGGUUUUGGCCUACUGCAUCAUUAUAUUCGUUGGUGCAAGGCUAGUUGAUGUCAGCGUGUCCCUUAUCGAGGUAACCAGCUUGACUUUGUUAUGUAAGUUGCUACCUUCGGCACUGUUCUCGGAAUACUUUUGCGGUGGAGUGGACGCACAGCAGCAAGAUACACACCCGCAUACUGAAGAGAAGAGUGAGAAUAUUUCAUUUCUUAACGAAUCAAACCCUCAAAGCGAAGAUACAUCACUGAAGGAAACGCAGCUAGGUACAUUGGAUGGGAAAAGCAUCGAUUUCACUUCGUAUGACCAUUUUAUUGAAAAUGUAGAGGAUACGAAGGCAAGCGUUUGGGUUGUUUGGGUUAGGCCAAGUCAGACUUACGGGAAUAAACAUGAUAAGUCUCCUAAGGUUCGAUCUGAUCAGUGUGGAAAAAACGAAACUGUAUUAGCCCCGAGUGACUGGACUUCCCUAUCAUAUCAACUUCUCAAAUAUGGCAUUAGAACUGGGACUUACAGAUGCGCACAGGACACAAAGCUAUGUAAAAAGCACAACAUAAAAGCAUGCUCAAUAUUGUUAUCAAUGCCAGCUGGGACAAAGCCAAAAGGAAGAGUUGCCACCUAUCUUUACAAGAACAAAAGCAGCUGUAGCGUGCGAGGUAAUGAAAUGAAAGGAAAGCUUUGCUUACUAGAGUGGAUAAAAAGCAAGCUCAAAUCUAAAGUUGUCAUAUUGAAUAAAUUUGAAGAACUUUCAUCAGUACUUCGUAAUAGCAAAAAGGGCAAUGCAAUUUCAAGUCAACCAAACCUAAAUAUUGUGUUUGAAUCAGGACACAAAAUUCCACCUCUGCUUUUGUCUGCACUUUCAGUCAGGUUUACUGGAAGAAUAAGAUUUGUGCAUAUGAAGCGGAAGAAAGAAUACAAACCAAGCCCAAACAAAAACCCAUCAUUGUAUGCUGUUACCUCUUCCUCUAAUUAUAGCUAUGGAUCAAAACAAGGAGAGAAUUUUGAUUAUUCAAAUAUUGAUAUUUUCUUGAGGACACUUUAUCCAGAAGCUAAUGAUAUAUUUCUACUUGCCUUGACACUCAUCAAUAUGUCGUGCUUGCUUGAACUGUUUGUGCAGAAAGGAGGACCUUUGAAAAGAUUAAUUUGUUUUUCUUGGAUUGCUGUUUUGUCUAAUUCAUUACUCAUCUUUGUGUGGCUACCCAUUUUAAGACUUUUGCAACUCCCCGAAACUGUUCCAAUUGUUGAAUUUUUCCUCAAAAGCUUGCAAGCAAUAAUGUUUUCAGAUGUUGCAGCAUUGGUGCGAAAAGACUUCCUUGUUCUUUCUCAGCAUGUUGGUGUCUUUGCCAUUGGCCUCAUCAUGUAUGGUUCAGCAGUUGGGUACAUUCAGUUCAUUUUAUCAAAUAGAGGGUUGCCCAGACCAACAUUAACCAGUCUUUGGAAUGAUGAUGUCAAUGAAAUCAGAGAGUUUUUUCAUUCUCUGCUUAGUCUAGCAACACCACCUUUAUUUUAUUUCGAACUUGAAGAAAGACUGGAAAAUCUCCUACAAAGAUUGAGUGUUCCUGAUCUUUGGCUGCAUCCUUUGAACUCAAAUGAGUUUGUAAAGCACCUCAUUUGCUGGAAAUUCUGCAAGAACUCAAAGUUCACUUUUCCAUUAGAUCAAAAGCCGUCAAAGCCAAUUCUGCAAGAUAAGAUGAAAAGCAAGCAUUGUAAAUGUCAAAAUACACAGAAAAGAAUUCCAUAUUUUGCAUUGCCAUCCUUUGAUUGUGUUGUCUGUCUAGAGAACUAUAGCUGUGGGGAUAUUGUUAAGCUGCUUCCUUGUGGGCACUUCUUUCAUAAAGGUUGUAUUGACUCCUGGCUACUCCAAAGUCUUGAAGUGAAGAACAGAAGCUGCCCUGUUUGUAGAUGGCCUGCAAACAAGCAGAAGAAUUUUGUUGCUGAGCAAGAUGUGCUUUAACAGACUUUAGAAAAGAUUUAUUUGUUAUGUUGCUUGUUUUGUAUAUAUUAGCUAUGUUUUCUUGUUCUGUUUUGUAAAUCAGCAAUUGGUUGAUAAUAGAAUCAAAAGGCCAUUGAGGCCAGGGUUGCUGGAACCAGCAGGCACAAAGGGGUUUGUCUUCUAUGCAGGGUCUCUUUGGUAUUUAUCCAAUUGUCAAUUUUAAGAAACUUCAAAUGCUUAUGAUACUUAAAACAUCACAAUCAGUGAUUAAUUUUCAGUUGGCCAAUUGAAGGGAUUGCUUAUCAAGAAAAUACUAUGUUGAAGGCAUGGUCAAGGCACCCCAAAAUUGCUUGUCCAUUUAAAUUCAAAUGCUCUAACCCUAACCAAGGCAGCAUUUCUCUGUAUGUGAUAAUGAUUAUCAUUGUUGCAGCAGUUAAUUGAUGUUGCUUAAAAACAUUUCGUUAUUGCUGUUGAAUUAUUUCCUUGCAGUUGGAUAACAGUAUGUGCUAUCGUGUAUGUAUGUUUGUAUAGACACCUAUUUAUAUGUCAUAUUAGUAAGGAAUGAAGGAAUCAAGAGACUGUUUAAAGAUACUCAAGAAAACGUGUUAUAUUUUAUCUUUUGCCUUUUCUGCUCCAUAGAUUGAAGGAUGAAGUAAAAAUGGGGCCCACUUGGUGUUCUUCUGUACAAAGGCGUCUUUACAAGACAAAAUACACUGAAAAUUGAGGGGGGCUGUAUAAAAACUUAACAAUAUUACAGGCUGAAAAUUAACUAAAAUUACAUUGAUGUUUAAAAUACAGAAUUAGAAAACUAUAACAUAGCUAGACUGACAAAGGCAAGUUGCUGUUAGCCUACUUUUAGAAAUGCUACGGGAAGGUGCUUGCUUGACAGCAAGAGGCAAUUCAUUCCAAGCUUCCAAGCCACUGCUCUCUGGAAAGAUAAAGCUUUCUACCUAAUAGCAAAUUUUCAUCCUUGGAAGCAGGAUAUUGUGCAAUUUCAUAUUGAUAUCUUGCGCAAAGUUUUUUUAAGAGGUUUGAAACAGCAGGGCGCAAAACCUGAUAUUGCUUUGUAUGUAAUAGUAA